GAUGUCUGAUGCCUGAAAUCCAUGCCGCAGCGAGAGUCUACAAGCUGCUCUGUUACUGACUUGUACUCGAUGCAGAAGAUCCUCAUAGGCACUGCACCCACCUCGCAUAAUCCAUCGUCCUCUCUGAGAUAGUCAUGUCUAGUUAUCCCCCAACACCGUCCUUUGCGGGACAAGACUAUACACCACCUCAGUGGCCCCCGCCAAACCCGACUUCCUCCAUUUCCAUGCCUUCUUUACUUCCGCAUCCUUCAUUCACCUUCGCUCACAAUCAGACACCCGCCCCUUCGUCGCUCCCCGAAGGUGCUACGCUUCCUAGUGACUACAAUCAAGAUAGCCAUAUGGCCAACGCACAUCUGCCGGGGCUCGGAGGCCCGGGCGCGCCUGCGCAAAUACCGCCGCCGCUAUUGAGCUUCAUGGGACCGUUCCCUCAUUCACCAUUUCCACUUCUGCCACUUCCUCCUAUUCAACUCCCACCAUUGAGAUACCCAUCCAACCCAGCACCUGUCGCCCCUUCCCACCUCCAUCCAUCUGGCUAUCCAUCGAAUGAGCCACAGCCACGCCUCGGUCAAGAAGUAUCAACUCCCGCUGAUGUACAACUCACGAGCAUGGCCAGCUCGAAUUCAAACAUUGACCGCGAAGAAGGCGAGCUUACUGAUGGAGAGGAAUCAAUAGCACACUCAAAACAAUCUGAAUCAGCUGCAGCUCCCUCGCCAUCUCAAGCGAAAGAUAUGCCUGAGCGCGUGAAAUCCAAGGGGGAAUUGCGCAGCAUGCGUGGCCAUCUUUCCAACUUUUCUGAUGCUUAUUCAUCAAAAGACUCAAGACCUCGUGUCUCAGCCUCUUCUGCAAUGACUCCAGAAAAAAGGCUGAAUAUAGACACUCUCGAAGGCUCAUCUGAAGAUCACUCAUCAUCCCGAAGCAGCGGAUCUCCUUAUAAUCCAGCCCUAACACUACCCGCCGAAUCUCCCAACCCGAAUUCCUUGAGUCUCGAUGACGCCGCUACCUCAAAAUUGCUUCAUGACAAUAUAUGCGAUAGGACGGAUGAUGCACCUGCAAGCCACCUCGAGCGACCGUCGAAUGGAGUCAAACCUACAGCUCAGUUACGUGUCCAGGCCCAGGGGGCUCUUUUGAGCUUAGCUCCUCACAAUAUUCGCUACAAUGAAUUCAUCGGAGAAGGCAUUGACCCUGUUAUUCUUCGUCAACUAUACGAGGAUAUUGGAAUUAAGAUUCCUUCUCCGCAACCAGACGCUGACAUGACGUCUCCGCUCGAUCUUGCUUCCUUCAAAAGUCAUGAUGAUGCAGGAGAAAGAUCACGUGAACGAAUCGCUGAAAGUGCAACAUCUCAAAAGUCUGCUGCGGAGCAAAGCCCCUCAAAUAUUACUGUCAGUCCCCCAUCAGCAAUGUCGCAGGCUACGACAGGCAAGCCAUUGGAGCGCAAGGAACUCAUUGCCCGCAUGCUUGCCGCGAAGGCGGCGAAGACAUCCACUUCUACGCCGUCACAGGCCGGGCCCGUAAAAGAGAACAGCAAUAUCUCAAGCUUGAACAUUCCUGAUGCCAGCAGGACGACGCCACGUCUCUCUCACGACGCGCCGGCUGUAGAGAAAGAAACGCGUGUCAAGGAGAAGAACAAGGCACAAACUGAACUUGCUAGGCAAAGAAUUGAACAGCUCAGGAAACAAGGCUUGAUGAGGUCCUUACAGAAAUCUCAGCCAGACCCCUCGUCUUCUGAUUCAAACGAACAGUACACCAAGAAUAGUCAAGAUGCUUCCCAGCCCACGAAUUCCGCUCCAUUCCAACACCCUCUGCCUGAGCGCCCACCGGACCCAGAGCCUUCACCUCAAUCUCGUAUCCCAGGCCUCUUUAUGACCGAGCAGAAGGAGCCUACUUCUACAGAAGAGGCAGUUGCUCCAGCUGUUCAGCAUGUCAUUGAUACAGAGAACCAAACACGUGUCAAUCAACGCAAACGGCCACGGGCCUCUGACUUUGAUGAACCAAUCCCUAUGCCCAAAAAGUCAUUUGGUAACGGUACGAAUUUUGCUGUUGCUGAGCCCGCGAGACUUGUCAUUGACAUCAGUGACGACGAGUUCUACGGAGAUGAUGAAAAUGAUAGCAUGGAGAUUGAUACUCUUGUUGGAAAUGUUCCGCGAGACAUCGAGAGACUUCUUCAGAACGCUUCAGCUACAACGGAAAAACUACCUCAGCGGCCAGCAACAUCGCUUAGCCAAGGGUUUUCUACGUCUGUGACCCCUAAUGGACGAACCCAUGACCAGGAGCACCAAGAACAUCUUCGUCGGAAAGAUCUUGAAAUCAAGGCGAUGCACCGUCGAAUUGCUGAACUGGAGGAACGGAAAAAGGCGAAGCUGGCCGCGAGUCGCACGCAAUCCCCUCGUGCUUUUGACUUGUCAACGCCACCUGUUGAAACAUUCACGGCUGAUGUCGCGACGUCGGGAAUAACCAAUGCAAACCAGGUGCCCACGCUUGAAGAGGCUUCUUCCCAACUCAUGCACCGAGCGUCUUCACUGCCGACAGACUCUCUUCAGCUAGAACUGAUAAGGGCCAAACUCUUGCGAAAACAGGAAAUUGAAUCCGGUAUUCCCGCCCUAAAUUAUGAGAUAGACAAAUCGGAGGCAAAGCUGGUCGGGGUAAGACAGGAGGAAGAAUCCCUCUUGUCCCAAAUAGCGAAGGGCAAAGAAGGUCGCCAGCGGCUCCUACAUGAGCUGGAAGCCCUUAGCCAAGAGUUGCAGGGCGUGACACUUGAUAACAUAGACUUAGCUCUCCGUCAAACGCGGACCGCAGAGCCCGUAAAUUCCGAAUUCCCUGCAACCAAUCAUGAACUGUCUCUGCGGCCCAUCACAGAACAAGCUUCAGAGGCAACGAAACCAGACUUGCCCUUUCAAAAUGAAGCUCAAAAAGAAACUGAAACCGCUCCAGACCAUGCGUCAUCUGCGCAAUCCCCAGCCCCUAGUCCGGCACUCGAAAAAGAUACUAUUAUGGAUGAUGCUGACGAAGACCAAAUGGCUACUUCGUCGUCUGACUCGAUGAGUUCCUCGAUGGACGAAUCCAGUGAUAGCGAUAGCGACGAAUCUACAUCGGCUGAGGUAGAAAGUUCUGUAGCUCAAAACUCCGCGCCAGCAACUGCGGAACCAGAAGCUCUUGGCGAUAAGGCUGGAGAGAUUGAGCAGGUGCAACCGGCCGAGUCGGAGUUGGACAAUUCCUCUCCAGAGCUGUUGCAGCCAAUACAUACCGUGUCUCAGGUCAAUGCAACUUCUGAUGAGCAGAUGGACGAAUCACCAUCAGAAGUACUGGGACGAGGAUCUCGUGAAUCUUCUGUUUCGGACGCAUAUGAGCCACCAGAGCCAGAAAUGACUACAAGUCCAGCAGAUUCUACCUAUUCGCCCCCUUUUAGUCCUGCAUCUCCCGGUCCUGCUGAACCUUCGACCGACUAUGAGUUCACUCCGAAUGAGGUUAACAAGGCUACUGAGCCACUAACAGAGACUGACCAGGGCUUGGCUUCGCAUCAACCACGGAAUUUCGCUCGGAUCAGCCCUUUGGAUAAUGAGCGGCAACCUGGUGAAAGCCGCACCACAUUCACCUAUUAUGAUAGUCCUUUAAAGCAUUUCAAGGCUUAUCGCUACCACCCAAGCUAUGCUGAAAAUGUUGUAAAUGGCUAUCGUUCUCUGACAUAUAGCCACAACAUCGACCCCAUGAAGUAUCUCUGUCCUUUUGAGGCCGCAGGAGGCGUCUGCAACGAUCGGUCCUGCGAAUUCCAACACUUUCGUGACAUGUCUUUAAGCGGUGCGUCGACAGACUCAGAACUAUGAUUUGCAACAAUUUUCCUUAAUGGCCUGAACGUUGACCCUGCCAUUCCUGGCUUUGUC